AUGCCUCCUUCACCCGAUGGGGACAGUGAUGGGCCCACCAACCCUGCCAAGCGACGCAAGGUGCCGCGCGCGUGCGACUAUUGCAGAAAGCGUAAGAUCCGCUGUGAUGGACCCAUGCGAGCUGUCCAUGACCCGACUUCAAAGUGUACGCACUGUACGGAGAUGGGUCUGCAAUGCACGUACCUCCAGGAGGCGAGCCGCAAGGGCCCACCGCGUGGGUACGUCGUGACGCUCCAAGAACGGUGUGCGCGACUGGAGAAUCUGGUUCAGCAGCUGCGGCCUGGGGUGGACAUUGAGAGCUGCUGCGGGCCCCCAAUGGAGUACGAGACCUUUGACUUUGACUCGUACAAGGCGCAACUGUCGAGCUUGGAGAUUCCACCCUUCCCAGCGUUCAGGCAGUACGUUGCCGGCCAGGCAAACAUCAACUCGAGCCCAUGGGCUACGGUCAUCAGCGUGGGGACACCAAUGGCGGCACCCCCACCGUCCCUAGCCGGGACGCUCGCUGCUGCUGCGCCAGCGUCAGUGUCGGCGACCAUGUACACUGCGCCCGUGUCCGACAGCCUGCUGCGGACAGGGCGCUCGCUUGUACCGGACCUCGGGUCACCCACGUCCGAAAGCAGCCGAGGCGCCGACGCCGACACACCCACGGACCCGUUCAUCAUGACAUCCAACGUCAGCCGCAUGGUCAGCGCGGACAACGAGAGCAUGCAGUACUAUGGACGUACGGCCACCACUGGGCUCGCGCGUGCUGCGGGCGACGAGGCCGCACUCCUCAAGGAGCUGGACCGCGUAAAGUCCAAGCGGUCCAAGGUAUGGAAGACGCCCGAGUGGGAGGUGUGCGUCAACAACACCGGACAGCGGCUUAUCGACUGGACAAUCUGGCCCGAGGACGACCUGGCCAUGACCCUUAUUGACGCGUACUUUGACUGGGUCAACAGCGUCAAGCCGCUGCUUCACCGCCCGCUCUUCCGCCAGCAAUACUUUGCACGCCUGUACAUGAGCGACUAUGACUUUGCCAAAGUCUGUCUCAUGGUAUUUGCCAACGGCGCGCGACACGUGUUCGCCCCGCUCGCGCAGUGGCGACGCGCGCAGGACGUGGGACACCUUACGUCCAGCGAGCGACCGAAUGACGGAUGCGUCUUUUCGGAUGGUUGGAAGUUUGCCCGCGGUCUCAUGUCGGCUGGUGACAGCCUGCACAAGGCGCCCACGCUCUUCCGGCUCCAGACCGCGGCGCUGCUCGCCCAGUUCCUGCAUGGCAACACGGACGCGACGGUGCCGUGGGCCAUUGCCGGCUCGGCUCUGCGAGCGGCGCAGGAGAUUGGUCUGCACGUCGACGGUCCCGGCUCGAUGAACGGCGCUUCGGGGGCGGAACGCCAACUGCUCCUCCGCGCCUUCUGGUGUCUGUACCACUACGACCGCGGUGCGUGCGUCGCCCUCGGCCGGUCCGUGGCGCUGCACGACUCGGACAUUGAGACGGCCUACCCGCUCGCUGUGGACGACGAAAACUGGGAUGCCGAUGGCGACGAGGACGUGCCGAUACAGGCCGGGUCUAGUAAAGUCGCGGCGUUUGUGCACGUCAUCCAGCUGGACCGUAUUGUGAGCGCCGCCGUCUCGACGCUCCCGGCCAGGCGGGACGCCGGGUUCGGCCUUGCGGCCCGCCUGCCAGCAAUUCUCAUUGAGCUCGCUGCCGCGCUCAACAAGUGGGCUACGGCCUUGCCUGCCAGCCUGCGGUGGGAUCCCGAGUCGCGUGACACGGCACACUUGACACGCACGGCCAUCCUGCACGCGCGGUUCCACUGGGUACGCAUAUUCGUGCACUAUGCGCCCGCCGCUGUCGCUUCGUCUGUCGGAGGAGUUGGCGUUGGCGCGCCGCCACAGGCCAUGCUGGACAUUGCGCUCGAGUCUGCGCGUGCCGUCUUUGGCGUCUGUGCCGCCCUCCUGGCCCAUGAAGCGUUCACGCCUGCCGCGCAGCGUCCGCUGCCUCUGGAGUUUAUCGACUAUGCCUGGGUGUCUGGCGCGGUUGCGCUCGUGGCGAUCCGGACGGGCGCCGUGCCGCCGAGCGAGGUCGAAGACGUCAUGGCUGGCGUCGCUACGUCGGUGCGCACAUUACAGCAGAUGGAGUGCGUGUCGCGUAAGUCUGGCCAGGUCGCCGACGUCCUCACCGCCAUGGCGAGGGUGACCCGCCCGCCGGCGCCUGCCCACGCCUCGAGGAUCGAGUACGCCAAUGCCAAUGCCCAGCAACAACAACAACACCAGCAACAACACCCGCAACACCAGCAGCAACCGCCACAACAGCCACAACAGCAGCCGCAGCAUCACAUAUCGCAACUCAUGGGCGGCGGCCACCCCCAACACGCCCACGCACCCGCCACACCGGACCUUUCGUGGCUCGGCGACCCGUCGUCGCUCUUCAUGCCGCCCAUCUUCGACGGCGCGACACCAGGCAGCGACGCGAUGUAUACCGAUGGAGCCGGGCCAGCCGCUGGCGCCGGCGCUGGCGCUGGCGGCCCUGGCAAUGGUGGUGGCCACGGCCACGGCCAGUCGUCCGCACCAGGGAACAGCAAUGGCAACGGUAACGGCAAUGGCAAUGGGACCGGCCCCGGUGCGGGCCGCCGGACAGGCGACGAGAUGUGGGCGCACCUCCUGGAGACGUUUGUGACGAGCUUGAAUCACCCCGGUGGUCAGCAUCAGUAA